AUGGCUGAAACAAUUACCACAAUCUCGCCCAUCACCAACAAGGGUAUCAUCGAGCGCAAAGGCCUCAGCGACUCGGAGCUCAGCGACUUGGCCAGCAGAUCAGCUGAAGCCUUCAACUCAUACAAGAAGACCUCGCUGGACGAACGCAAGAAAUAUGUCAAGAAGGCUCUUGACAUCAUCACAUCCAAGCAAGAUGAGCUUGCCAAGGAGAUCACAGAACAGAUGGGUCGACCAAUCGCAUAUACCGCCGUCGAGGUGAAGACAGCCGUCGCCCGUGGCGAGUACCUGCUCAAGAUUGCCGAAGACGCCCUGUCAGAUACUCCUGGUGAGCCUCAGGAUGGCUUCAAGCGCUUCGUUCGCAAGGUUCCCCUGGGCCCUGUCCUUGUGCUCUUCCCUUGGAACUACCCAUACCUUACUCUCGUCAACUCAAUUGUUCCCGCUCUUCUCUCUGGCAACACUGUCAUCAUCAAGCCUUCCCCACAAACACCAACCAUUGCCGAACAAGUCGUUUCUGCCUUCAACGAAGCUGGUCUUCCCAAGGACGUCAUUCAAUACUUCCACUGCGGUGACUUCCAAAAGAUUGAGAAGUUGGUCAAGAAUCCCAACAUCCAGCUUGUCUGCUUCACCGGCUCCGUUGCUGGUGGUCUUGCCGUACAGAAGGCCGCAAGCGACAGAGUCGACUCCAGAGUCGGACUCGAGCUAGGUGGAAAGGACCCCGCAUACAUCAGGCCUGAUGUCGAUCUGGCAUGGGCUGCAGAAGAAAUUGUCGAUGGUGCUGUCUUCAACUCUGGCCAGAGUUGUUGCAGCAUUGAGCGCGUCUACGUCAAUGAGAAGGUUCACGACGACUUUGUCAAGGAAGUCCAGAAGGUCUUGGCCAACUACAAGUUGGGCGAUCCCUUCGACAAGUCCACACACGUUGGUCCUGUCGUUUCCAAGCGCUCCGCUGAGACAAUCCGCGCCCAUGUCAAGGAUGCUAUCUCCAAGGGUGCUCAGGAUAUGACGCCCGAGAACUCUUCCUUCGAGUCGCCGCCAGCCGAUGGAAACUACGUGGCUCCCGUGCUUCUGACUAAUGUUUCGCACAAGAUGGAUGUCAUGACUGAGGAGACUUUCGGACCUAUCAUUCCUGUCAUGAAGGUCAAGGAUGAUGCUGAAGCCAUUAAAUGGAUGAACGACAGCCAAUUUGGUUUGACUGCCAGUAUUUGGACAAAGGAGACCGAAAAGGGUUACGAACUUGCCGACGACGUCGAAGCUGGUACUGUCUUUGUUAACAGAUGCGACUACCCUGCACCUGACCUUGCAUGGGUCGGAUGGAAAGAGUCUGGCAAGGGACAGACCCUGUCAAAAUUCGGCUUCGAUCAAUUCUCCAGGCUCAAGAGCUACCACAUCAAGAACUACCCAAAAUAA